UUUAUAAUUUAUUUCAUUUUCAUUAACAUUUAAUUAACUUUGCAUCAUUAAUUUACUUUCAAUUAACAAUCAAAAUGGACAUCCAAACUUUGAAAAAAUCUAGAGCAAGCUUCAAAUCAAAACUAACAGUGUUUAAAAAAUUUCUAGAUACAUUAUUGCCUAGCAAAACUAUAAAUAGUGUACAGGAACUAUCUAAACCUGUUACACUAUCAUCAAUACACAAUAUUUUAUUAUCAACAGCACAAGGUUUUAUUAUCAACAGCAAUGAUCACCAUAGAAGAUCAUGCUGGGCAAUUACACAAAUGAAGGCAAUACACCUUGAGCUCGUCACCGAUCUCACUUCGCAAGGUUUUAUUGACGCGUUAAACAGGUUUAUUGCCCGCAGAGACCUCAUUCCCUUAACACCGGCCCAUUUUCUAAUUGGACGAACAAUAACUAUGUCGCCUGCACCUCAGGUGGAAAAUCACCAAUUAUCAACUUUAAGCAAAUUCAAGAGAAUUCAACAAUUAAAAUCUCAUUUUUGGACCAGAUAUUAUAAGGAAUAUCUUUCAGAACUUCAGUCCCGCAGCAAGUGGCGCACGCGAGGAACGCAACCGCAGUCAGAAGAAAUGGUCGUCGUGAAGGAUGAUCGCCUUCCACCAAACCGAUGGCUGAUUGGAAGGAUCACAGGCGUCCACCCUGGCAGCGACGGUGUCAACCGCGUCGCUGACGUCCUCACCACAACCGGGACGCUGCGCAGAGCCUACAACCGCCUCUGCCCACUACCUGCUGCGUUGGACCAGGAUGCUCCUGACCCAAGGGGGGCAGCCUGUCUACGCCAUAUUUAAAAAGUGGCAACAUUGCCACAGAGCAGCGACAGCGCACUGUCAUCGCUGCUCUCGCGCCGACGGCCGACCGGCCGGCGGUCGUCGGCGCCAUCUUUUACUUCACUUCAAUUUCAACAUCCAACCUUACAACAAGCACGCGAU